GUUGGCGGUUACUCGGCGCUGCGCGAGCGGCUGCACCGACUCAUCACGUGGCCGGCCGAGCGGCCCGACGCGUACGCACGGCUCGGCAUCGCUCCUCCGGGCGGCGCGCUCCUACUCGGCCCGCCCGGCAACGGCAAGACGCUUCUCGCGCAUGCGGCGGCCACCGCAUCGGGGUGCACCGUGCUGAGCGCCAAGGGGCCGGCGCUCUUUGGGGAGUACGUGGGCGACACCGAGGCUGCCAUCCGAGAGCUCUUCCGGCAGGCGCGCGAGUGCGCGCCUUCGCUUGUCGUGAUCGACGAGAUCGACACGCUCGGCGCGCGGCGCGGCGGCGACGCGGGGGGCGGCGAGGGCGAGGGCGAGGGCGGUACGGCGGUGGCGCGGCGCGCGCUGUCGGCGCUGCUCAACGAGCUCGACGGCCUGAGCGGCCGUGCGGGUGUCUUCCUCCUCGGAUGCACGAGCCAGCCGGAGGCGCUCGACGCGGCGCUGCUCCGGCCGGGCCGCCUCGACGAGUUGCUGCUGGUGGGCCACCCGGACGAGGCGGACCGGCGGGCCAUCCUCGCCGUCCACUGCGCCCGGCUGCGGCUCGACGCCGACGUCGACCUCGCAGCCCUCGCGCGCCGCACGUGCCGUUUCUCGUGCGCCGCGCUCUCGGCCCUCUGCCGCGAGGCGGCGGUGGCGAUGCUCGGCCGCGGUUUUGGUGGCACGACGCACCGCGCUGCGUGCGUCGAGGGCGAGGGCGAGGGCGAGGGCGAGGGCGAGGGCGAGGGCGAGGGUGAGGACGAGAGUGGCGAGGGUGGGGGGCUCGACGACGCUAUGGCGGCGGAGGUCGGCGAGUUCUGUGUGGCGGCGGCGGACUUUGAGAGCGCGCUGGAGGUGAUCUGCGCGGCGCAGGUGCUGCCGGCCGGGGCGCACGAGGAGCUCACCAAACGCUACGACGUCUUCCUGCAGGAACGUCGACGCCCGUGA